GCCCGCCCGCCCUGGCCCAGAGCCUCCCAGGCAGCCAGCGAACGAGGGGAGCGCUCUGGGAUGGGACUUGGAGGCGGCGGCGAAGGAGGAGACAGCGGCAGCGGCUCGGGCUUCUUCCCCGGCUCCCACGAGCGAUCCCCGAGGAGAGCCACGGCUCUUGGAGCCGCGAGGAGGCCACCGAGGAAGACCCGGGUGGCUGCGCCCCUGCCUUGCUUCCCAGGCGCCGGCGCCGGCGGCUGCAGGAAUCCACGGCUGCACACUUCUCCCCACCUGCUUUCAAAGGGCAGCCUCAUGGAACCAUGUCAGGAUGGGUUUGUGCCUAGCCCCUCAUCCUCUUCUUGAAGAUGGAAAAGAUGCUGGUGGGCUGCUUUCUGCUGAUUCUUGGACAGAUCCUCCUCCUUCCCACCGAGGCCAGGGAUCGGCCUCCCUCGAGGUCCAUCUCCAGAGGGAGACACAGUCGGACCCACCCCCAGACAGCCCUCCUGGAGAGCUCCUGUGAGAAUAAGCGGGCAGACGUGGUCUUCAUCAUUGACAGCUCCCGCAGUGUCAACACCCACGAUUAUGCAAAGGUCAAGGAGUUCAUUGUGGACAUCUUGCAAUUCUUGGACAUUGGCCCGGAUGUCACCCGAGUGGGUCUACUCCAAUAUGGCAGCACCGUCAAGAACGAGUUCUCACUCAAGACCUUCAAGAGGAAGUCUGAAGUGGAGCGUGCUGUCAAGAGGAUGAGGCACCUGUCCACAGGCACCAUGACAGGGCUAGCCAUCCAGUAUGCCCUGAACAUCGCAUUCUCAGAAGCAGAAGGGGCCCGGCCCCUGAGGGAGAAUGUGCCACGGGUCAUAAUGAUUGUGACAGAUGGGAGGCCACAGGACUCAGUGGCUGAGGUGGCUGCAAAGGCACGGGACACAGGCAUCCUGAUCUUUGCCAUUGGCGUGGGCCAGGUGGACUUCAACACACUGAAGGCCAUUGGGAGCGAGCCCCACGAGGACCAUGUCUUCCUAGUGGCCAACUUCAGCCAGAUGGAGUCACUAACCUCAGUGUUCCAGAACAAGUUGUGCACGGUCCACAUGUGCAGCAUCCUGGAGCAUAACUGUGCCCACUUCUGCAUCAAUACCCCUGGCUCAUACGUCUGCAGGUGCAAACAAGGGUACAUCCUCAGCUCCAAUCAGAAGACUUGCAGAAUCCAGGAUCUGUGUGCGGUGGAGGACCACGGCUGUGAGCAGCUCUGUGUGAAUGUGCUGGGCUCCUUCGUCUGCCAGUGCUACAGUGGCUACACCCUGGCCGAGGACGGGAGAAGGUGUGUGGCUGUGGACUACUGUGCCUCAGAAAACCACGGAUGUGAACAUGAGUGUGUAAAUGCUGACAGCUCCUACUUUUGCCGGUGUCCUAAAGGAUUUGCUCUUAACCCAGAUAAAAAAACAUGCACAAAGAUAGACCACUGUGCCUCGCGUAAUCACAGCUGUCAGCAUGAGUGUGUUAACACAGAUGAUUCCUAUUCCUGCCGCUGCCUGAAAGGCUUCAUGCUGAAUCCAGAUAAGAGAAGCUGCAGAAGAAUCAACUACUGUGCACUGAACAAACCAGGCUGUGAGCACGAAUGCGUCAACACGGAGCAAGGCCACUACUGCCGCUGCCGCCGGGGCUACACCUUGGACCCCAACGGCAGGACCUGCAGCCGGGUGGAUCACUGCGCGGAGCAGGACCACGGGUGUGAGCAGCUGUGUCUGAACACGGGGGAGUCCUUCGUCUGCCAGUGCUCGGAAGGCUUCCUCAUCAACGAGGACCUCAAGACCUGCUCCAGGGCGGAUUAUUGCUUGCUGAGCAACCAUGGUUGCGAAUACUCCUGUGUCAACACAGAUAGAUCUUUCGCCUGUCAGUGUCCCGAGGGACACGUGCUCCGCAGCGAUGGAAAGACCUGUGCCAAAUUGGAUUCUUGUGCUUUGGGGGACCAUGGUUGUGAACAUUCAUGUGUAAGCAGUGAAGACUCUUUUGUGUGCCAGUGCUUUGAAGGGUACAUACUCCGUGAAGAUGGGAAAACCUGCAGAAGGGAAGAUGUCUGCCAAGCAGUAGACCAUGGCUGUGAGCACAUUUGUGUGAACAGUGACGAUUCGUACAUCUGCAAGUGCUUGGAGGGAUUCCGGCUCGCCGAGGAUGGGAAGCGCUGCAGAAGGAAAGAUGUCUGCAAAUCGACCCACCACGGCUGCGAACACAUUUGUGUUAAUCGUGGCAGUUCCUACAUCUGCAAAUGCUCAGAGGGAUUUAUUCUAGCUGAGGAUGGAAGACGGUGCAAGAGAUGCACUGAAGGCCCAAUUGACCUGGUCUUUGUGAUCGACGGAUCCAAGAGCCUUGGAGAAGAGAAUUUUGAGAUUGUAAAGCAGUUUGUCACUGGAAUCAUAGAUUCCUUGGCGAUUUCCCCCAAAGCCGCGAGAGUGGGGCUGCUCCAGUAUUCCACGCAGGUCCGCACAGAAUUUACCCUGAGAAACUUCGGCUCCGCCAAAGACAUGAAAAAAGCUGUGGCCCACAUGAAAUACAUGGGCAAGGGCUCUAUGACUGGCCUGGCCCUGAAACACAUGUUUGAGAGAAGUUUUACCCAAGUAGAAGGAGCCAGGCCUCUCUCCGCACGGGUGCCCAGAGUGGCCAUCGUGUUCACAGACGGACGGGCUCAGGAUGACGUCUCCGAGUGGGCCAGUAAAGCCAAGGCCAAUGGUAUAACUAUGUAUGCCGUCGGGGUAGGAAAAGCCAUUGAAGAAGAACUACAAGAGAUUGCCUCUGAGCCCAUAGACAAGCAUCUCUUCUAUGCAGAAGACUUCAGCACAAUGGGGGAGAUCAAUGAAAAACUAAAGAAAGGCAUAUGUGAAGCUCUGGAAGACUCUGAUGGAAGUCAGGAUUCCCCAGCAGGGGAACUGCCAAAGAGGGUCCACCAGCCAACAGAAUCUGAGCCAGUCACCAUAAAUAUCCAAGACCUACUUUCCUGUUCUAAUUUUGCAGUGCAACACAAAUAUCUGUUUGAAGAAGACAAUCUUUCACGGUCUACACAAAAACUUUUUCAUUCAACAAAAUCUUCAGGAAGUCCUUUGGAAGAAAAACCCGAUCAAUGCAAAUGUGAAAACCUUAUGAUGUUCCAGAACCUUGCAAAUGAAGAAGUAAGAAAAUUAACACAGCGCUUAGAAGAAAUGACACAGAGAAUGGAAGCCCUGGAAAAUCGCUUGAGAUACAGAUGAAGACUCGAAAUGCUUUACGUAUUUGUACAUCAUUGUAUCAAGGAUUACAACAAAAGCAGUUCAGAGCCCCAAAGCUCAGGCUGUUAAUUCUUUAAGGUUGUAAAGUAAAACAUAAGUGAGAAAGCUGGUUUGCUAUACAACAAAGGCAAAAGGUAGACACUCACUUGUAUAAAUUUGAGAAUAAAAAAAUCUUUCAGAAUCUUAAAACGAGUUUGCCAAGUGAGAACAAAUAAACUAUGCAAGAUAUUCUGUAACAUACUGUGGAUAUGUUUUUCUUCUGCCUCUUCCUGCCUUAGAGUGUUGCAAUCUCAUUUGACUACAAAAUAAAGUUUGCACAGUCUUACUUCUGUAGAACACUGGCCAUAGGAAAAGCUGUUUUUUUUUUGUAUUGGACUUUACCUUGAUAUAUGUAUAUGGAUUUAUGCAUAAAAUCAUAGAACAUAUGUACUUGUGUAACAAGUUGAAUUUUUUUUACACAAUAUUAAAAUUCACUUCAGAGAAUGGUA